AGGCUGAUCAGUCUGCCUUGUGCUCUCUUCUUGCUCAGAUCUCCUUGUCAACCCACCCAGUGUCCACCAUGUCCAUCAAAGUCAGCAAAGUCACCUACCGCAGCAGCAGCAGCGCUGCCCCCCGCGCCGGAGGCUUCAGCAGCUACUCCUACAGCGGGAACCCCGGGGCCAGCAGAGCCAGCACUGCCGCUUUUAGUCUGGGCUCCAGCUAUGGAGGAGCCAGAUUUGGCAGCGGUUACAGGUCGGGAUAUGGGGUUGGAGCUGGAGCUGGGGCUGGUGGUGCCAUCACCGCAGUCAGCGUCAACCAGAGCCUGCUGGCACCACUCAACCUGGAGAUCGACCCCCACAUCCAGCAGGUCAGGACCCAGGAGAAGGAGCAGAUCAAGACCCUCAACAACAAGUUCGCUACCUUCAUUGAUAAGGUCCGUUUUCUAGAACAACAGAAUAAGAUGUUGGAGACCAAAUGGGGUCUCCUCCAGAACCAGAAGACCACUCGCAGUAACAUGGACGGCAUGUUCGAGGCAUACAUCAACAACCUGCGCCGUCAGCUUGACUCCCUGGGACAAGAAAAAAUGCGCCUGGAAUCAGAGCUUGGGAACAUGCAGGGUCUAGUGGAGGACUUCAAGAACAAAUAUGAAGAUGAAAUCAACAAGCGCACAGAGAUGGAAAAUGAUUUUGUUCUUCUAAAGAAGGACGUCGAUGAGGCUUAUAUGAACAAAGUGCAGCUAGAGGCUAGAUUGGAGGGACUGACAGAUGAAAUUAACUUCCUCCGCCAACUAUACGAUGAGCAACUGCGUGAGAUGCAAUCCCAAAUCUCCGACACAUCUGUUGUCCUCUCCAUGGACAACAACCGCAACCUCGACCUAGACAGCAUCAUUGCUGAAGUAAAAGCUCAGUAUGAAGAUAUUGCCAACAAGAGUCGCGCUGAGGUAGAAAGCAUGUAUCAGUUGAAGUACCAAGAACUGCAAACUUCCGCCGGUCGCCACACUGAUGACCUCAGAAACACCAAGAACGAGAUCAGCGAACUCACCCGCUACAUCACCCGGCUGCAGUCUGAGAUUGAUGCUCUGAAAGCACAGCGUGCAAACCUUGAAGCUCAGAUUGCUGAGGCUGAGGAACGUGGGGAAUUGGCGCUGAAAGAUGCCAAAGCUAAACUCAGUGAGCUGGAAGCUGCUCUGCAGAAGGCCAAGCAGGACAUGGCUCGCCAACUCCGAGAAUACCAAGAACUCAUGAAUGUGAAACUGGCUCUGGAUAUUGAGAUCGCCACAUACAGGAAACUCCUUGAAGGAGAAGAGAGCAGGCUAGAAUCUGGAAUCCAGAACAUGAGCAUCCAAACCAAGACCACAGGAUAUUCUGGAGUUAGUAGUGCCUACAGUGGUGGUCUUCAGAGUGGGUACGGCAGUGGGUACGGCAGUGGAUACGGCAGUGGAUUCGGCAGUGGCAUUGGCAGCAGUUAUAAUUCUUAUUCCAGUCUCAGUUCCUCUCCUCUGGAAACCUCCAGGACCAAGCGUAGCAUCGUAGUGAAGACUGUGGAGACCAAAGACGGAAGAGUGCUUUCUGAAUCCUCAGAUGUCUUCUCUAAGUGAGCAGUCCAAGUUUCUUAGCACAAUGCUCACCCACAGCCAGGAUCUUCUUUACACAUGAGCUUCCUUCAAGGCAGAUAUCUGAGUCAUGGCAUAGAAUUCUUACCUGCAACUAACCAUGGACAUGCUAUAUCGGAACUGGGAGCCCAGUAUUAUGCAUAGAAUUUGGAAUGACAUUUAAUGGUGCUCUUUAAACACAGAAUGCUAUUGUCAGCUCAUAUCUAAAAUGAGGGUGAUGGGUAUUGUCUGGCAUGUUUAGCCUGUUUUACAUUUCUUCUACUGAUUCCUUCUCAGCAGGCUUAUGGCUCAAUAGAGAAGCCUGGCUUAUUGUGGGUACUGUUGUGCUCUCCUAUCUUUCACUUCUAACACCUUCCUUCUUCGCUUUUCCUACAAUUCUCACAGUUCUUUGCAAAGUAAAUACGGAGUUCAAAACUCCUCCAAAUCUUUUGCAUUGUGCCUUAUCAUCCAUCCUUGCUGGACGGAUACUGGAAGUGCCUACACCUUUCAGAUAAAACUGUUAAUAAACCUUUUUAUUAUUUUAAAAAAAAA